GAUAAGUAUCUGGUAGUACAUAUACAUGUAUACUUUAACUUAUUGAGCCUGUAAGAAUCUUUGGUAUAUGUGAAAAUCAAUAGUAAUGAUGUUGCUUUUCAGCUACAUGUUCGUGACAUUGUGUCGGCUUUGACUCGGAUAACGAUUGGUAUUUCGGGACAUGUUGCUGUUCAUCUCUUACUUUAUUUUGUGGCUUCUGGAUGGAACUAAAGCAGAAACUGACCUGGCACUGGGCAAGCCGGCCAGUUCCAGUUCGCACAUCAACCAUCCACCACAAGCGGUAAACGAUGGGAAUACUGCCACAAAUUGGAGCAGUAGCAGCUGUUUCGCAGUUCAGUUAUCAGACUACGACCCCUGGUGGCAAGUGGACCUACAGGUCAAGGUCAAAGUAACCAAGGUCAAGGUCACAGCUAGAAGUGACUGCUGCCCUGAAAGACUUCAUGAUUUUUCGAUUGACGUGUACCAAGAACAACCUUCCAACCAACACUCUGCCCCCAAAUUAUGCUACUUCUACUCCGGUAGCGUGUCACGCCCAGGGGAGACUGUUACCGUUACCUGCUCAAGACCUGUCACUGGUCGCUUUGUCAGGAUCAGCGGUAAAAACAAAUUAAAUCAUCAAGACCUGCUCCAAUUUUGCGACGCACAGGUGUUCGGAGAGGCAAUAUCUACACAUUUCGAUUCAUGCGCAUCCCUCGUUCAAUAUACACAACAUUCCACCAAGACUCCACUGAAGACCAUCAGCGAAGGAAUCGGCAAUACCGCAGCUUGUGCUGCUGCAUGUGAACGCUCGGAGUCCUGCACGGGGUUCAACAUCAGACACCUACCGGCCACAAAACUGACCUGGCACUGGAGCAAGCCGGCCAGUUCCAGUUCGUACAACACCCAUCCACCACAAGCGGUAAACGAUGGGAAUACAGGCACAACCUGGGGCAGUAACAGCUGCUUCGCGGCUCAGUUUGCAGACUCCGACCCUGGUGGCAAGUGGACCUACAGGUCAAGGUCAAAGUAA